AUGGGGUCUGGGGACACCGUCAGCUUCGUCCUCGCCAUCUUCCUCCUCGUUAUUUAUGCGGUGGUAUGGACGCUCAGCUUGAUUGGGCUACGAGUAGCGCGUAAUCGCUACUCGGGCAAGUCACUCCCAUCCCGACUGUCUACCCUCCCCAAAACGUCCGCACCAGGCGUGACCAUCAUUCGCCCAUUAUGCGGACUUGACAACAACCUCUUCAAUGCCUUGGAGGCAGCCAUGAACUUGGAAUAUCCAAAAUAUGAGGUGAUCUUUGCGUUGCAGGACGAGCGGGAUGAGGCGCUAUUGGUGGUGAAGUUGAUAAUGGAAAAGUAUCCCCACGUCGAUUCGAGGAUAAUCAUCAACGAUGCAAAGGUCGGCGUCAACCCUAAAAUCAACAACCUGAUGAUGCCGUUCGCAGAAGCCAAGUAUGACUUGCUCUGGGUCAUUGACGCAACUAUUGCCUUCACGCCGGGAACACUGGCUCGGGCGGUAGCGACCUUCCUCGGCGCGUCGUACUCGGACUCUUCCUUCGACAGCGAGCUGGAAUCGACGCCUCUUCUCGCUGAUAACACCCGGUCUCCGCCCAAAGCGGGGGAUGUGGGACUGGUUCAUCAUGUUCCCUAUGCGGUCACGUAUAAGAAGUCGCUGGGGAGCUUGGUCGAGCAAGCUUUCCUCAACACGACACAUGCCAAGAUGUAUCUCGCCAUAAACGCCCUGGGUAUCGACUCGUGCAUCAUGGGCAAAUCCAACCUCUACUCAAAAUCCAACAUCGACUCCUUGACCACCCCUUCUCCCUCCCUCCGCAAACUACCCGACCCACCUACCGGUCUCGCCGCUUUCAGCCCUUUCAUGGCCGAAGACAACAUGAUCGGUCUUUCGCUCUGGCAUGAAUUACGUCUCAAGCACGCCAUGACCGGGGACGUCGCGGUCGACUGUCUCGGUACCCUGUCGCUCAAAGACUAUAUCGCACGCCGGAGUCGCUGGAUCCGCGUUCGGAAACGCAUGACGCCUAUCCCAGCGACGAUGCUCGAGCCAUUCACCGAGUCCAUCUUUGGCGGGCUGUGCGGUACGUGGGCGACAUCCCGGCUGUUUGGGGCGAGUGUACCGGCGCUUUGGCUGGUGCAUAUGGUGGCGUGGCUGUCGGUAGAUCUGAGCGUGCGGCGGUAUCUGGGCACGAACGUCAAGGGGAUGGGACCGCCCCAGGGGACGGCGAUGUUUGUGGGGGCGUGGUUGAUCAGGGAGGUAUUGGCGAUGCCAGUGUAUCUUUACGCGCUGUGCGGGGAUCAAGUGAUGUGGAGAGGGCGAAGAUAUCGGAUAGUGCAGUCAGGCGAGGCGAUCUGCGUAGAUGAUCAUAGACCAGAUGCUUUGUCCCAUUAG